CGUGUAUUGUGUCUGGCUUCCCUCACGUUGAUCAGCUGAGGCGCCGCGUGAGACGGUUUAUUAGCUGCCACGCGGUCGUAUGCUAGCCACGUUUUUUCAUAAACACGUGCUAAUAUUUACAGUAUUUGUUUUUAUUAGAACGGCAUUUUCGACAUAUUACGAUCUUAGAAUGACAUUCUCACUGCACUGAAUCAUGGCAGCCGUCAGAGCGCAUGUGGACUCCCGGACACACGAGAACAUGCCCGGGCUCGUCUGAUUUUCAGGGCCGGGGAAAGACACCACCAUGGACAGCAAAUUUCCCAACCAGCUUUUCCCACACUUUUAUCUGGACGGACCGCCUGAAGUAAAGCCGAAGCAUACUUAUGGAGGCUGGGGUUCAUACGAGCGCGUGUUUGCUGUCAAUGCUGGCCCGUGUGAUGGUGAUCAGCCAUCGAUCCAGCAUGUGUUUGAAUCCCAGCACACUCUGAGUGGUGAGGAAUGGGUGCCGGUCAAACCAGCGGUUACCCCUUUAAUUCCACCAUGUGAAGAUGCCGAAGUCUCAUCUGGUGUUCUUCCAGAUCCAAUGGAUUUUCCAGAGCAUAUGCAGUAUUUUUACCAGCAUCACUGUAUGGAUGCGUUCUCCACGAUGGGACAUUUGCUUCAGGACAACUUAUCUUUCAAAAAGAAACAGCCUCAGGAUGUUAUGUCAAUGCGCUGGGCCAGGAACUUCAUAGAGGGCUUAAAAUAUAAAAGGUGUGAGGUCGCGUUUUCCUCGAGGAAGAUCCGUCAUUUGCACCAUAUUGUCGGUGAUAUUGUGAGCGAUGUUCCUCCAUCUCUCCUGGCCUCGCUCCUCCAUGAGGAGCUGACGUCUCGGCGGGAGCAGCAGCGGUUCUGUGCAGACGCCACAGGGGGCGCUCUGGGAUACGUGCCCUUACACGAGUCCCGGGGGUACAGCGAUGGCUGUCUGAUCUAUCCCAGCGGAGACGCAAUGGACAAACUCAAUCUCCACAGGGUGGUGCAACAGUUCAGUGAUGACAAGCCUCCUAGUUUUGUCAUGGACUCCCAACCUUUUGUCUAUUAUUUGAAUGGAACUGUCAGACAGAUCAGUUCGGCCAAUAUGGAGGAUGUAGGUAACGUGGCUGUGCGGUCGGAUUAUUUCUGUGCUGUUUGGCUGCUAGGAGACAAAACAAAGCCACUGUUAAUGGACGUCAUCCAGACAAAAGAUCGCUUCUCCUGCAUCACCGUCAGUCCACACUUCCCCAAUGAGCUCGCAGUGGUCAAUGAGCGGGGAGCAGCUUAUCUUUGGACUGCGAAAAAAGGAUUGCAGAAGUUCCGUGAAGAAGAUUCCAACCUGUACUUCAAUGCUAAGUCGCCAUGGCGAUGGUGUGAGUUCUCCUGUCACCCGAGAGUGAUGGUGUAUGCUGACAGAACAGGGGCGGAGCUGACAGACAUUCGGAGUGCUGAUAGUAAUCACACGUUGUUCCGGGUCGGAAGGACAGCAGCUUGUAUGUCGGGAGAGCGAGUGAUACUCGCCAAAUACCUGAGUAAAAGCCACACCCAUCACCACCUCAUUAAUACCCAGUUUUCCACCUACAUCAUGGAUGAACGGGUUCCCAGUGUCCCCAUGCUGAAAUGGGACCAUAUGAUGGAGUCUCCACCGAUGUUUGCCUGCGAUUUGCCAGCACAGAACCCGAGCCAAACGUGCAAACUGCUGCUGGGUGCUCAGAGGUCACAGGAACUCAUGUUACUGCAGUACACGGGUGGGAGAGAGCACGUCUGUCAGACUCGGGGAUCCAUUCAAAAGCUUUCAAGUCCCAAAGAGAGUCUGAGCCACCUAAACCUUCUGCUACCCCACAAGAGACACCUCGCUCAGAAGAGACUGAAUGUGCCUGCUGCAGGUUUCACAGCUGUACAGAAGAAGGACUACCUGUCUGUUUUCCAGCUCACAGAAACCGGAGACAUCUUUUACCAAACACUGAAGUUGCACAUGGAUCAGACCGCAAGCAAUAACGAUGCACCAGAACAAUCUGUCAGUGUGCAACCUACAGUAGAAACUGGAGAGAGCGAGAACAUGCAGUCCGACAAUGACGACCAAUCUGUUCGGAGCGACUCUGAGACUGAGGGACGGCAGGCGGCGCUUCGUCAUUUGGAAGUAAUUGACAAUGUUGAUAAUGAUGACUUAAACACUUUGGAUACAAAUGAAAAUUUCAAUUCGAUUGGGAAUAACCCAACUUGUUCCACCAGACCGCCCAACCCAAGCAAGGAUCCAGAUCUCCAAGCUGCCUGGAACAAAUGGUUUAAGCCCAUUUUCAAAAAGGCUGAGGCCAAAAAGCGACACCAUAAAUUUCGGCGGAUCAGAACGGAUCAUUUAAAGGGCAUGACGGGCAAAAAGCUGAAUAAACCAAAGGAAGAUCAAUUGAUGAGACUGAGGAAAGACCUUCAAGAGGUCAUGAGGAAGAAAGAGAUGCUCUUGCAUGGGGUCACUUACCUCCCUCACCUGAACGUUACACCGGUUCCCGAUCCUGUAGAUGCCGAUGACUGGCCUGACGAUGUGAGCCAGCGGUUGACUGCGUCGUGGGAGGGCCAGUGGACAUACUGGUGGGAGGAGAAGCUGGGUUUGAACCAGGACAAGAAAAUCGCGGCUCUCCGUCGAAAGCGUCGGAGAGCGAAGCAGGCCAAAUCUCACAGUCGCACCUCACUUUCUGGAAGCUUCACCUCGUCUGUGAGUUACCAAGAGAGUCUCUCUGGUUUGUCAUCGGGGGAGAGUCAAUGUCUGGGUUUGGAUGACAAGACUUUGGAGAACUCAGACUCGCAAGCUACGGACAUGGAGGAAUGGAGAGCCAGACCUGAGAUUCACAGAAAGAGCCCCAUAAUACUGAGACGGUUUUUAAAUGAACAAUCGACUGCAGAAAAAGCUUUCAGAUCUCCUAGAAAAUCUCCUCCAAGGCCUGAUCAAAACCUUUUGACAUCUCCGUCAAAAUCUCAGUCUUCCAUUCAGGUUGAACGACCGACCUCUAGAACCCCUAGUGUUGCAGCAGGGAUAGAUUUGGGCCCUCCUGCUUCGCUCCCCUCCACACGGCCAACAACUGUCCAAUCGAAAAAGCUCAAGGAGUUUUAUCUUAGUUCCCUUCCCACGUCCCAAAUAUCGACUCUGGACUCCGCACCGGAUGGUGAAUAUUCUUCACCUCGGGUUCGCCUUUCUUCUCCGACUCCUUCAUCUCAUCGUUCCUUGCAUUCCCAGAGAGUUCCCCAAUUCAGAAGCCUCUCUCAGGCCUCCCAGCCAAAGAAGAAGUCUCGGAUGGGCUUCUAAAGAUCCGCCUCCGAACAAGGAAUGCUGCAAGGUGAGCUGUGUUUACCUCUCGCUCUCGUCCCACGCGCCCUCCGGGAUGGUUGGCAGCUCAGGGACGCUGCGGUA